AUGUCCUUGAGUGGAGGACAUCGGCAGCGCCACAGCAUCCGGCGCAAUGCUCUAAACAAAUUGGCCGCGCUGUCAGCGCAGACUGCCGCUGGUCAAGAUGAUGGAGAGGACAUCCGCAGACUGUGCACUCUGAGCAGGAGAAAGGAUAAGGGCGACACAAAUGGCUUUUUGGGUGGAGAGGGCCAUGCAUCAGGACCAUCGAACAUUCCCAUGAGCGUGAAAGAGUUGGAGGUGUUGGUUGCACUGUGCAGAGCUGCUCCGUUGCUGCAGACCACGACAGAUGCAGAGGACCUACUACAUCAACUCGGUCCGUACGUACCGGAAGCACACCGUCAAAGGCUAGAACACUCGACGGUCCACCAAGAUCUGCCGCCCUGGGAAACGCUUGCAUUCGAUGUCACGUCGGCUGUCCUCGCGAUUGGACUAAACCACCCAUCUUUGCGGGCACAAGCUCUGAGUUGCAUUGACUACACGAUUGAGGAGUUGGCCAAGACAGCGCAGAAGGUCUCCUGGGCGGCAUCAGAGAGCAAUGGCGCGGGCCCUCAGGAUGUUGCGGAGCAGUCCCUGUCGGCAAUACAGCUCACGGUUUCGUUGCUUGGGUUUCUCCGAGCUGUUUCCAAGUAUGUCAGAAUAUGGGACUCGAAGCAACGGCUGUCCGUCAUACAGAAACUUCGACGACUGCUUUCUGAAAAGUUGAUGGUGUCUGUGGAGGGCGCACUCUCAGCGGUACGAAACGCUCGUGGCCAUUCUCGGUCAAUGAAAGAGUGGAGGAGGUGGAACCGUCAUUAUGCUGCGCGAGGUGCGCCACUGGGUGCCAUGCUUCUUCAGCAGGCCUUCAUACGUGUCGUAGAGGAAAGCGUUGUUCUGCUUUUGUCCACGCCCGAACCUCUCACCACGGCGGAUCUUCUGGACACUCUUACAAGGCGUCGGCCGACGAUCGAACAGACGACACCUGAAUACAAAGACGACAUGCUCGAGGAUCUCACCGACAUCAUCAUCGAAGAGAUGGACUUCCUCGAGGCCGAUGCAGACUACUUGCAAGUCAGCUCAGCGUGGCAGCAAAGACUUGCACUUGAAGUCAAAGCUAGUAGUCUGCGAAGCUAUCUGUGCUGCUCAUUGGUUAACGAAGCUAUUGCAGACGAUGAUCUGCUACUUUCCUGGUUCGACUCAAUAGCAUCCGAUCCAGUCCAGAUGGCCGAUGAAGACCUUGCGCAGACUGUACUAAAGUCUAUGGUUGUUUUGAGCCGGACAUCCUCCUCGACAGCUUUGAGUCUUAGUCGCUCUUUGCCGAGAUUGCUGGUCCAGGGAAGGCUGCCUGCGCAGACGGCCAUAGUGGCGGGCGAGGCACUGGCCAGGGUUUCGCAGCAACUGUCGCAGGAUAUGGUAAUCAGCACGCUGUACAAUCUUGGCAAUGUCUUGAGUUCAAAUACGACUGCUGAUGGACCGAAUGGCGCCACCGCAUUUCUGGACGGUACAGGCAGCGUCAACGGGUCGGCAAACCCCUACGGCGGUCAACAGGCUCUUGGUAGUCAAAUAUCGCUUAUGAUAUCUGAUGAAGAGCAAACGACAGAAGUAUACGGCUCCGUGGUGCAAGCAAUCGUAUCCAUUGCCACUGCGUACAACGACCAGAAGAUUAUUGCGCUUGUGCUCUCGAUGCUGGUGCAGAAGAUUGGCCGUAUCAGCCCUGGCGUUGAUGCUCGUAUCAUUAAGGAGACAGCAGCACUGGGUAUUGCUGGCGGCGCAGACACGUUGAGGUCUCUUGCAAGACUGUACGCACGAAUUGCCAGCGAAUCCACAGUCAAACACGACAACACGAUCUUGGAUGCAGCAAUGGACGCCAGACUGAGGCUCGCGGCCUGGAUACCCAAGAGCUCGCCUUUGUACGAAGUGUAUCUGACUCACCUUCUCGAGCUGGUGGUCAGUUGUGGCGACACUGCUGGAGACAGGAAUAUGGAUAUCGCUCUGGCCACGAAAACGAUUGCGCAGCUACUUAGGCCUCUGGCAGUCUUGGCAGCGAGUGACGCUGGAAGCACUCCGCAGUUGGAGCACAGGGAGGGAGUAAUGCAGCUCAGCCGCGACGCGUGGUUCAACAUUGUUGUACACGGCUUUCUGCUCAAUUCCAACACCAGCAGGGAGCACGCCGAAGACAUCGAACUGCUGGCCCAGCAAAGUCUACCAAUCGUUGAUGUGGAUCGCGUCGACAUGCCAGAGAGUGGCAUUGACCUCAACUCUGUGCUAAGACGAGGGUCGAGCGGACAGCGGACUGUGGAGCUCAAGAACACCCUCAUCGGCGCCCUGCCUCAUUGCGAAUCAGACAUCAAAGGCCUGACAUACCCUGACGCUGUGUUCCUCAAUGCAGCAUUGCUGGUCUGCAGCGCGCGUGCUCAAGCAGGAGACUGCACUGCGAUUCUGCCUUAUUUCCUGGAGAACAAGGUCAAGACGACAACGAUGGGGAAUGUUAUGCUGGCCAUUGCGCAAAGGAGCGUCGACGGAUAUCUGGAUCGCGCUUUGUCCGGCCAACAACAAGCUUUCGCGGCUCCGCAGGUCGCACUUCAGCUCGUCUCAUUCUUUGAGGGCGCAUGCCAUCGUAUACCCAAGGUUCAACAUGCUGCGGUCACAUCCGCCGAUCGCAUCAUCAGUCAGAUUCCGUCAGCACUUUCGCAGAGGUCGUCUUUGUUCGCCCUUUUGGAGCUGCUGAGCCUGGUCUGGAAGAGCUGUUUGGAUGCCGAAACAGACGAGUACGAGACCAAGGCCAUAUAUACGUCUCAGAAAGGCCACGUGACCGUCCAGAUCUCAGACGACGUGCUUUACCGACAGACGACGCUCACAAAUUUCCACAAGCGGUGCCGUCUUUGGGUUGCGAAGGCUAUCGACGUUGCGCCUAUGGACGUCAAGAGCCUGUUGCAAGCGUACCUCGAAGACUACGAAGACGAUGGUUCGUAUGGACACAUUGCGCUAGGGCGGUCGUUUGCGGUGGAGAUGGGCUCAAUGAUCCCAUCUACCGAUCAACGACUCAGCAGCUUAGAUCGACAACGUGCAGUGGAUGUGAACACGGCCUCGGACUUCGUUGCGCAGUACACCACACGUCAGGAGUACCGCCAUGGCGACAAUGCUGUUGGGCAGGACGAGCAGUGGGCUCUCGUUGACUACAACGGCACGUCACGCAAUGCUGCGCCUCUUGUCCCACACGACAGCAACCUGGAGCAUGCUACCAGGCUAGCCGCUCUUGCGAAACGAUUACGGCAGCAUGAGCUCGUGUCUUACGAGGAGAUCCGGAACACUUUGCGCGCUGCCGCGGGUGUGCUCAGCCACGGCGCGGCAGAUCGGACGCCAUUGAUAUCAGAUCUUGUCGGCAUUCCUUUCCUUCUGUUCACGAAACAAUCCAUCAACCUAGGCAUAUCGCUCUGGUUUGGCAUUGUCAAGGAGAAUCCGAACCUGGAGUCCCGAGUUUUGGUUGAGAUAGCAGCAGGCUGGGAGACCUCUAUCCGCCAAAAGAAGGGCCUCUUCAGCUCCAUCUUCCACCACCCAGAUCCUUUCUUCGUCAAGGAAGAGUUCGCUCCUACGAAAUGGGACGCUAUUAGCAGGCGACAGCAGCUCACUAACAGCCUGGUUACUCCUCACCUGCGGCUUACGCAUGUGCUGGCAAGUCACUUCAGCGCUUCGAGACUGCUCGCGCCGUCGGUCGAGCAUGUCUAUGGUCGUUUGAUGCGCAUCACGAUGCUUGCGAUGAAGGAUACGGUAACACAGCCCCUAGCAAGGGAGGUGCAUUUCCACAUUGUCCUGCUGGCUUUGAAGGUGUUGAGGUACAGCACGCAGCUUGGCACCGCAGCUCGCUGGCGGUUGAAGGACGCUAUCUUGUCCGCCGGCCUCGCUUGGUUCGCCACCGCGCCACGCUGGUCGUAUGGAAGCAACAGACUCCAGCUGAAGGCUGAGAUCAAGUUACUGAGCGACGUCUCGGCGAUGCUCAAGACUUUAGGCUCAACAGGUUCUCAGUCUGUCCGCUCGCUGCCUCCUCUGCACCAGAAGCAAGGGCUGCUGGAUGCCCUCCUCAACCAUGAAAUUGGCAGACUUGACGUCUGGGUCAAUCCGCUUAAUGAUCCAUCCAAGGGCUCUUUGCCAGUGACCCAAGCCGGAGCAGCGACGGAAGCAACUUUUGCGAGCCUGCUGGGCACUGCGUGGAACGAAGAUCCACGUAUCGCAGUGCAUCUUGCGACCAGGUUUCAGAACUCAGCAACCAUCGUAAACGAUGUUCGAGCAUUUAUCCUCCGCCAACCUGAGAAGGUCAUCUCCUGUUCCGACGCUUUGUACGUCUUGCUCGGCUCUGCGCUGCCGCAGGACGUCAAACUGCAGCUGAAGUACCUGCUGUACUGGGCUCCCAUCAACCCAAUGGCUGCAGUGACAUAUUUUUUGCCCGCUUAUGGCAAUCAUCCGCUCGUCAUUCAAUACGCCGUCCGAGCUCUAGAGAGCCAUUCCGUCGACAUUACAUUCUUCUACGUCCCGCAGAUCGUGCAGACCCUCCGAUACGACGCUCUGGGCUACGUGGAGAGGUACAUCAUCGAGACAGCGACAUUCUCACAACUUUUCGCCCAUCAAAUCAUCUGGAACAUGAAAGCAAACGCUUACAAGGACGAAGAAUCUAUGGAGCCUGACCCGGUCAAACCAGUGCUUGACAGGGUCAUGGAUGCUCUAAUUGCCAGCUUUUCCACAGAAGACAAAGGCUUCUAUGAGCGGGAAUUUGACUUCUUCGGCAAGGUCACUGGCAUCUCUGGUACUCUCAAGCCGUUUAUCAAGAGCCCGAAGCCGGAGAAGAAGCAGAAGAUUGAGGAGGAGCUGCGUAAGAUACCGGUCGAGGUCGGCGUUUACCUACCCAGCAAUCCUGAUGGUGUGGUCAUUGGUAUCGAUCGCAAGUCAGGAAAGCCGCUGCAGAGUCAUGCCAAAGCACCCUUCAUGGCCACGUUCCGCAUCCGGAAGGAGGACGUCCUACCAGAGGCCGUCGUCCAGCAUCAGGCCCAGAACGGUGACAUACACAGGCCCAGGACUUAUGAGGUCUGGCAGUCUGCGAUCUUCAAGGUGGGCGACGACUGCCGCCAGGAUGUCCUUGCACUGCAGAUGAUCGCUGCCUUCCGCGGCAUCUUCAACAACGUCGGUUUGGACGUGUACGUCUUCCCGUACCGCGUCACGGCAACAGCACCUGGCUGCGGCGUAAUCGACGUCCUGCCCAACUCCAUCUCGCGCGAUAUGCUCGGUCGUGAAGCAGUCAACGGCCUCUACGAAUACUUUAUCUCCAAGUACGGCUACGAAGACUCCAUCAAGUUCCAGGAAGCCCGCAGUAACUUCAUCAAGAGCAUGGCCGCCUACUCCAUCAUCUCGUUUCUCCUGCAGUUCAAAGACCGUCACAACGGAAACAUCAUGGUCGACGACGCCGGCCACAUCCUCCACAUUGACUUCGGUUUCUGCUUCGACGUCGUCCCUGGCGGUGUCAAAUUCGAGCGAGCGCCGUUCAAACUCACGCCUGAAAUGGUCGCUGUGAUGGGCGGGUCAAAGGACUCACAGCCUUUCAGGAUGUUUGAGGAGCUCUGCGUGAAAGCUUUCUUGGCUUCGCGGCAGUACGUCGAGCAGCUGGCUCACAUAGUGCUUACGAUGCUUGACUCAGGACUUCCAUGUUUCAAGCCGCAGACGAUGAAACAUUUCCGCGAGCGAUUCGUGCUGGAGAAGUCGGAGCGGGAGGCUGCUGACUUUGUAAGGCAUCUUGUGCAUGUUAGCGAGAGGAGCUAUUCGACGGGCGUGUAUGAUUAUUAUCAGUUGCUGACCAAUGGGAUACCGAGUUUGGAGACACUUGCUAACGUCUGCGAAAAGUACUGA